UCCUGAAAUUACUUUUAAACAUGAGCGGUACAUCGGCUGGACUUAAGGCCAAAGUAACUAUGCUCAGAUAUGUAUAAAUCCAAUACUUAUAGUCUUAUCUACCAAACUCUCUCAAUUUUCAAGAUCGUGAGAUAUACAAGAUUGGCUUCACUGCUUUAGAUUGUAUGCGAAGAGACGGAAAACUGUGCGACGUCACUUUGAUUGCGGAUAAUAAUCGCUUCACUGCACACAAGAUUGUUUUGGCCGCCACUAUACCAUUCUUCAAUGGAAUGUUUCUAAGUAACAUGGCAGAAUCUACUAAAAGCGAGGUCACUAUCCACGGAGUUGACGCUUGUGCUUUAGAAGCGUUCAUUGGUUAUGCUUAUACUGGCUUAGUUCAAAUCAACCCUCGUAAUGUUCAGUCAAUUUUAAUCGGUGCCAAUUUUUUACAGCUUAAUAAUGUUCGUAACAUCUGUUGCAGAUAUAUCAGUGAAAGUGAUGUUUUUUGGAUGUUUUUUCACAGAUUGAAUGUCGACAUAGUCUUACCGAUAAGAAAUCUCGCCCAGAGCUAUCUAUGUACAGACUUGGUAUCUGCUUGUGAGGCAUAUAUCUACAAACAUUUCGAAGAUAUCGCACGCACAACUUCAUUUUUCAACCUUGAAGGAUGCGAAUUGAUGGAAUUACUGGAGUCAGAUGAACUGAAUGUCAGCAGUGAAGAACGCUUGUUUCAUAUAAUUAUGUCUUGGGUUGAAUUUGAAACAAAGUCCAAUUCUGAUACUGAGACGAACUCUGUUAUAUCAGAGUCUGUUAACGUAAUUGAGCUACCUGAAUAUUAUGAUAGUAAUGUGCAUUCGAUAAAACCAUCUGUUUCAAGUGAGAUUGGUCAUCGGAAUUCGUGUUGUAAUGGUUCUUUACAUUCUACACAUCAUUUUCAUAGUUGUCAUUGUUCUACACAAAUAUUCAAUAGCAAACCCCGCACUGACUUUCUUCCAUGCCUUCUUAGGCGGAUCAGACUACCUCUAAUUCCAGUUAGCUACAUUUUCUCAGUUAUUUCGCGGCAUGAUCUUAUUCGAAAGGACAUUCGUUGUAGAGAUAUUCUAGAUGAAGUACGUGAUGUACUUCUUAUGUCAUGGAAGACGUCGGAAUUCUUUAAUUGUCGACCUAGAAAAUGUCAAGAUAUUUUCGGUGUUAUUUAUGCUGUUGGUGGUUGGAAUACAGAUCUGGAAUGUCAUGGGAUUGUGGAGACUUAUCAUCCCUCACUUGGUCGUUGGGAAUUAUCAGAAAGUAUGAUAUCUAAGCGUAGUCGUAUUGGUGUGGUUGCCUUGAAUGGACUGUUAUACGCUAUUGGAGGUUUCGAUGGAAAUUCUCGCUUACGUACAACUGAAGUAUAUAAUCCAAAAACUGGAAAAUGGGCAACCGUUGCUUCAAUGAUUUGUCGACGUAGUGCUGCAGGAGCUGCUGCUUAUGAUGGAUGUUUGUAUGUUUGCGGUGGCUUUGAUGGUCAAACAUCUUUACGUACAUGUGAGAUGUAUAUUCCAGAACAAGAUACGUAAGCAAUUUUUAAAAAAAAAUAAUUAUAUCUCAGGAUUUAAACUUAAUUAUAAGUAUAUUUGAUCAAGUUGAAGUAAUUACAUUAAUCAUGGUGUUCAAACUUGUUAUCUAUACUGAAGAGCUGUGAGGAGGUGGCUAAAUAGUUAUGGCGUUCAACGUUCGGCCACUAAAUCACAGGUUUGAAUCCCAGCUUCAUCUAUUUUAGUUUAGGCAACCGAAUAGUAUCACCAACCUUUAAACUUUGUUUAACUCGAACUCAAGUAGAUAAAUCUAUACCUGGUAAAUGAGUUGUUAAAAAAAUGCACAAUUAUCACUAUCAUGCAACAAACAACUUGGUUUUCCAUAGUUAAUUUCCAGUGCACAGGAAGUUAUGAAUCCUUAUUUCUCGCUUAUUAUCCGUUAUCGAUAAAUCGCGUCUAUAACUUCCAAAUAUUAUAUGAUUCCCCUGAGACUGACAUUUGUGUCAUUUUGCUUUGUGACUUUACAAAAAUAUUAGUAGACUGGUUUUUACUAUAAACGACUCAGCCUAAAACAGAACCAUGGAGAUUAACUGUUUAACAUGCAAACUAAAAAUAUAAUAAUCAAUGAUAAUGGAUAUUGUUCGGUAAUACAUUGAAUCUGUUCGAUUUUGAUUAGUAGGAGUCCUUGCGAACCGAAACUUAGUAUCUAUCAGUAAUUGUUAGGUUAGACAUUCAGUUUUUAAGGAAUUCAACCUUAGUAGCAUUAAGUACUUUAAAACUGUAAUUUAUUUACUAUCCGGCGAAUGCUUUGCAUAAAAUAGUCUCAUUUAUAUUAUGACGUUAAUUCUUUAAGUUUUUUAUUUGAUUGGUUUAUUUUCUUUAGAUGGAAGUUAAUAUCAAGCUUGAAUGAACCCAGAUCCGCUGGUGGUCUUGUUGCUCUCAAUGGUCGUCUUUAUGCUAUUGGCGGACACAAUGGUUUAGCUGUUUUUUCAACAGUAGAAUGCUAUGAAAAAGGUGGAGAUUUACCUAAAACACUUUCACCAUCCUCUCGUUUUGAAACUGAUCAUCAGAAUAAUGGUAUUCGGCAAAGUCCUAUUAAUGUAUGGUAUUCAGUAGCUAACAUGUUACAUCGGCGAUGUCGACAUGGCGCAACUGCGUUUCGUGAUCGUAUAAUUGUUGCCGGUGGUUAUGAUGGUGCUUCAUUUCUACAAAGUGUUGAAAUGUUCGAUCCUACAACUGGUCCAGAUCGUAAUGGUUUACAUGGACAAUGGACUGAAAUUUCAUCUUUGUCAGUCCCUCGUUCUCGAGUCGGAUUGGCUGUAACUGCAGGUUGUUUGUAUGCAAUAGGUGAGUCAUGUCUUUUCGAUGGCUUGAGUAUAAUAUCAUAGCUGGUGAUACGUUGUUGCUGUUGGUGACAACGUAUAUGAGUGUAAGCGACUUUUAGUUCAUAUGUGCUCCGAUCUAUGAUUCAGUAGUUAGGCAGUUGACUUUCAGUCAUUUACAUCAUCAUUCAAGUAGCAGUACCGCGCAUUAAGUUAUACUCAAAAGUGAUUGCGUAUACCUGAUCAUGGUUAUCAAGUUAUUGGUUAAUAUCAAUGAUGAAACACCAUUGAAAUAUUUUUUUUUUGUGUCCAACGUAUUACUGUUCGUUAUUUUAACGUGUUGGAUGUGUUUACAGUUGUAGAAAAUUGUCUUCAUAUGGUAGAAAGUUAUUUACUUCAUGGGAUGUUACCCAGUCAGUCAUGAGUCAUGAACAUAGAAGUAGGAUUCGGGGCAAAUAGGGAUGGGUACGGGUUAUUUAAUUUCAUAUUAAAAUAUCGAGAAGAGAAAUCAAUGCAACGAAAAAGGGAAGAUCAAAGUAAAAUAUCGAUUGUGGUGAAAUAAGUGAAUGUUAAAAAGUAUAUUUCAAAAUAAGCAAAUGAAAUCAAGGAAUAAAACAGUGUAUGGUAUACGCAAAAGCUAGCAGAAGUAAAAAUUUUUCUAACUUCAUACUUUUUCUUUUCCAGUAAACGGGGAAAUUCAAUAGCUUACAUCAUAAACUGACAUUAAUUAGACAAUUUUUGAGAACGAGUAAAUAAUGGACGACUGUCUCAUCCUAGUAUGAGACGUUUCGAUAGUAAACACCCACAACCUUAUCAAAGAUAUAACCUAUGUCCUUCAGGUCUUGCUGUUGGAUCUUAACAUUUAGAUUAGUGCGUCAGCAUCUAGUGGUCUACAUGUCUUUGAAUUCAAUCCCUGGUGGGCACAUAGAUGUUCACUGUUGUAGAAUGCCAUACUAGCUUAAAACAACUGUCCAGCUUUUAUCGGUUCUCAAUCAUUACGUAACUAAUAUCGAUCCUUGAUGUAAACCAUAAAAUCCAAUAAUCUCCACAUACUCUAUGGUAAAAUGAAAGAAGUUUGUUGUUUAUAGUUAUUUCCAAGUCUCCAUUAUCAAUUUUUAUAACUCUGUCGGAAUAAACAAAUAUUCAUUUUAAUCAUCUGUGGUAAAAUUUCAUUAUAUAUUGUGUGCUUUACCUAUUCAACUUUUAACUAAUUGAAUCAUGACGAUGAGUCUAUUAAUCAAUUUGUUAUUUAUCUUAUGAGCCACUAUUUUAUCUAGAAUAUUUUAAUAAAAGUCAAUAAAAUAGUUCCAUUUUAAUCAAAAGACUUUUUUCUACGUAGGUGGUUAUGAUGGUAGCACUCAUCUACGAACAGUUGAAUGUUUCAAAUCUCCUAUUAAACAAAAUCCCUAUGAAUUAUCAAGUACUGUUUUACAAUCAAAAUAUAAUACAUUAUCUAAUUUAUUGAACAAACCUAAGAUUUCUGAUAAUUGUAGCGAUCAUGUUGAUGGUGAUGAUGACGAUAAUAAUGAUGAUGGUGUUUCCUGUAAUCAUCAUCCAUGUUCUGUGCAAUCUGAUUUUGAGUCUAUUUCUUCAUGCAACUCAACUGAAGCGGUUACAUUUGUUAGAACAACACAAAAUGGGGUAAAAGUUGCUUAAAUUUCUUGUAAAUACAAUUUAAUUAUUUGUUUUGUUGGAAUUGUUGAAAUCAGUGCUUCCAGGUUUUCAAUGGUGGUCUAACAUUGGUCGGUUCAUAAUUCAAAUGAAACUCAGCAAUCUCUGCAAACCUAUACAACUUAGCUAUUGAGCUUUUUUGGUGAAAAUUUGGGAAAAUCCAGAAAGUGCAUAACAUGUUAAAUGAUGUUCAUCGAGAUAACUCUUUAAAAAUUUCUCUUUCCAAACAGGCUAAGGGUUUCAGUAAGGGACCUAAAGAAUGCAAAGAUAAUACGACUCGAGAACGAAUUGUCGAUGAAAAAACACUGCUUAUGGCUUUCUGUAUUUUUGAUCGCUGGAUAGUUCGUUAACUAACGGAUUUCGGAAAAAUUGCAUGUUCGCGCAAACCUAGCAAGAAGGUCAGUCAGUCAGUCAGUAACAACGUAGAACUUCGUACGUACGUACAUCAGUUCGAGUUGCUAUACCACAUUAGCACAGAGAUGCAGUUGUCGAUUCCAAUCCCGUAGUGGUAGAGGUAAUAAGAGUAUAAGCAGUAAUCGGAAAGAUUAGGGUUUGGAGAUGUUAUUCAAGGAGUAUAAUCCAGUGAAAUAAAUUUGGAAAGAGAAAACUAGGGACAUGAAGGAUUCAGAAGAUUAUAAUUCGGGAGAACACAAAGAGUGGAUGCACCUGCGCCAUUGCAAACGAUUUUGAGCCAUGUCAUUCAAGGCCUCUAACCAUCAGUUGCUAUCAUCUCGCGAUCCCAAUCAGGUAGUCUACACUUACUAACAUAGCUCAGUCCACUUGUCAGUGACUUCAUGGAUUUGUGCCAUGUUUUGAUCUAGCCUACCUAGAAGGUAGAAUGAUGAAGCUUAUGAUUAUGAGGACUUCAAUGGUUGUUUUGUGAAGCAGAAACCGAGAUGACGGGGAAACUUUAAUUUUGAAAAUGAGAAGUAUUUCGAAGGGUAUAAGAUUGAUGUACCUUUGAUCUUGUAAAAUGAAAACUUUUUGACUUCAGUUUGUGUGCUCAUUUGUUUGCGUUUCCAGGCUUGAAAGAAGCCAUGCCAAACAUAAGGUCUCCAACUAUUGGUUUGAUUACUUGGUGGAACAUAACCAGAAACUUUGUCUCAGAAAGACUCAAUUCAUUACUCAUUAACUUUAUAGACUAUAGCCAUAUUAUUCUAUUUUCAUGCUGACAAACAUUACGUGAUACUUGUAUACCACAUAUUUCAGCCAUCAUAGUCCAUGAAAAUUCACAACCCUAGCAAAAAUUUUCCCACUUAUAUUUAUUUUGCAAUUAUCUUCAUACACACAGAUAAACAUAAGAGAAGUGCUUGACUUUAUUGUUUUAGAGGUUUUAUGACUGUUUUUUAUUGAAAGGCGUACUAAACAAGUACAUCAACCUUGCUCUCAAAUGCCCUGGUACGGUCGAGAAUGGGGAGAGUCCGUUCUCCCUCUCGAAAUGCUUUCACAUUUCCACGCGUAUAUAUCCUCUGCCAGGGAAGUCCAACUCACUACAUCCUCGUGGCGGGAAUGCUGUUUACGAAAGCGAGAGGACGAAAAGCGAAUGUCCGGCGCUUUGACCGGGUUGGUGGACACGGAGAGUUCACCUAGGGGAGUUGGAAAACCCUGAUUCCAAACCAAUGGUGCACAUGGGCUGUAGUACACUGAGGGAACAAAUGGCGUAUGAACCAAUCGCUGGUCACCGGCUACCAUGGAACUGCAUCUUCUUACGAUGCUCCACUGCCUUGUGGAUCAGACCUUCAGGUCGAAGGCUCCGGGUGUGAACCCUAAGGAAACCACCUGCUCCGGUUUAGGCACAUGGGCAGUAUCACAAUCCUCACACAAACCAAAUGAGAUUUAUGUGGCGCAUAUGUAUCUGGUGCCCCCUUGUACCAGUAUCUAUGUUUUUAAAUAAAUAAAUAAUACUACUACCUGAACAUCACUGAUCAAGUUGGAGUUUAUGGGGUAAAUGUCACCAGAAUUGUCAACCGCAAGUGGUGUUCAUCAGAGCUGUCCACCUUCUCCAUUUUUAUUUACCUUCGUCAUCGACACUUUUAAAGAUAACACUCUCGUCGUCUGACUUUCCAAUGGUUCAUCUACUCGGAAAUUCAUUUGUUAACGUAAAAUUCGCUAGUGACAUAGUCCUAUUUGAUGGAGAUGCUUACAAAAUGUAGUCUUUUGACCACCUUAAGGGACAAUACAAUCGCGUUUGAGAUGCGAUCCUCUCCUUUCAGAUGCGAGGUUUUACCUCAGGACUAGUUUGCAUCAACUUCUGAAUCGAUAAUAGAGUGAAGUAGUCGAGCAUGUCGACUAAUUCACUUACUUUAGGAGUUGUAGUGGCUAGUCCUAUGUUGAUCACACAUAGAUUAUUCUAGCUUCUGGACAAAACAACAUAUCCAUCCUCAUCAAGCUACCUUUUGACCUUGUUAAUUAUUCGCCUGUCAACCUUGACUUUUUAUAUAAGCGUAUGUGUGUGCAUUUUCUAUCUUACUCAUCACAUGUAUGUAGCUUAUUUUUUUCUGACUAUAAAUAUUGAUAAACGCUCGAUUAAAUUGAGUUGGCUCACUUGCCUUCUCCAAUACGCUCCGCUCGCUUUGAUUGUUUGUUCAGAUCAACGAGUGUAAAAAAUAUACGCAUUCGAAAAUCCAUUCCCGUAUUUGGUUUAUUUAAUCCCUUUAUUUACUAACGCGGAUUGAGUCGAUAAUUAUAGACAAGAAUCGACGAUAUGUAUAUUUCGAUAGCAAUCAUUCAUACGAACUGGAGUCAUAUUAAGGGCCACUAAAGAGUCUCAUCAGUCCUGAUAGUCUUCAACUUUGAAGAAAUCUCAGCACGGAUUCAGAAGGCUCGAUCGGCGCUUGCCAACUUGAAUCAAUUGUGGCGUAUGCAGGAUAUUUAUCAAAUCAAAAGUGAGUAUACUAAGCUGCAGUUCGCCCCGCUCUAUUUUAUGGCUGUGAAAUGUGGCUUUAAAAAUGCAGGAAAUUCACAGGUUCAAUCAUAGAUGCCUUGCUCGUGUAUUUCGGUACAAUUGAAUUAGCAAUUCUGAGGUUAGAUGCAGAGUAAUAGAUAAGAGUGACAAAUCGAUUGAUGAGUUAGCGAAAACUCAUUAGCCAAGGUAGUUAGGAAAUGUGUCAUGUAUGCUCAAACACCGGUCAACCCAACGGACGAUGUUUUGUAGUGCAAAUGAUGUUUGAAAGUUAACAAUGCUUGGGUAACCUUUGGCUUUAUAUCAUGGCUCACAUGUAUAUCAAAGCCACCAUAUGAUCACUGUUAGCCCUGUAUCUAAAUCCAGUUGGAUCAUGUGGUGACCGUUAUCGGAAUAUACAUGCCAGCUAUAUAAUUCUCGACUCAAUUUGCGUUAGAGAAUAGCGGAACAAAAUAAGUCAAAUAGGAGGAUGAGGUUUGAAUACGAAUGUUCCGUACACUUAUUUAUCAUCUGCACAGGCAAUCAGGUAAACGAAGUGAAGAGAAUACAGCGAAGCGAGACAAAAUGACACGCAGUGGAGAAAGCGAGUCAACUCAAUAUAACCAAGCCUCACUCAAUAUUUAGACCAAAAAUAAGGUACAGGCAUGUAAUUAAUAGCGUAAGCAAUAAACACACAUACGAUCAAAUAAAAAGUAGUCGGGAUUAAUAAGAGUAUUGGUGACAAGGUCAGGAUGUGGCUUGAGAAGAAUAAAUUGAUUGAUCCGUCCAGAAGCUAGAAUAACCUGUUUGGGCUUAACAUAGUACCAGCCACUACAAUCAUUCGCCAGGUUCGAACAUUCCGCUCCACCUACUUUUUUCAGCAACCGAAUAGUAACAUUAACUCCAAAACCUAGAGUUUAGCUCAUCAUAGCUAAGUACUUGGGGAAUGAAUUUAAAAAAUGUCAUUUUCAUGUAACUGAGACUGCUUUGUGUAUUAUAGUUGUUAUUUUUUUAAUGUUUAACGUACCUAGUUGUUUCCCAUAUAUUGUAUCUUAUCACUUGCGGAUUUUCUUUAACUCUUUCCUCCCUCCUCCAGAAAACUAUGAUGUUAGAAAAGUUAAAACCUAAUCCAAUUAGUCAUCAACCAUCUAUUCCAUCCGCUUCAGUUAAUAUCAAUUGUAAUGGUGGUACUUCCACAUUAUCUUCUGUCAUCCCAUCUUCUUCUAAUCCUUUCGCUGAUUGGCAAUGGUCAUCUGGACCUUCAUUAAUUGCACAUGAGGGAUGGGUUGGUAUAUGUGUCCUUCCUUUUGACCAAUCUUCUUCAGUCCAUUAAUUUCACAUAUUCGUAACAUUAUCAUCAGUGUAGAAAACAUAACUUUGUUUUUGUUUUACAAGUAUGUAAAUCCGUCGUUUUUUUUCAUUUUGGUGCAAAAAAGAUGUUUCACGUUCCAUAACUGUUCUGUUGAAGUUAAUAUUUCAAUUGUAUACUGUAUAUACCUUAUUUAUUAAUCUAUUUAUUAUGCGGAGACACAUCUGUACUGAUAAUCUGUCGUUACAUGUGACUAUGUAACUAAUUGGUAUAUUUCUGUUUCGUUUGUAUAGAUUGUUUUCUGACAUUAAUUUAUACUUAUACUCAUUUAUAUUCUCUAGCUUUCUUUCAUGUGUAUAUGAUUUCAGUUAAAUAUUUUAUUAUCUCUAUGUAAAUAUCCUUAUCGUAUCUUUUUUUUUGUAGAUUUCGCAUUUCCCACUUUCUUUUUUUUGAUCUCUUACACGAUAGUUCAAUUAUGUGCAUUUGUUUCUUACUACAAUAAUUGAAUCUCCUUUUUUUAAAUAAAAAUAAAAACAUCUUUAUGAUGACAAUUGUUUCUUAAGCAGAAAUGUCUGUAAUUGGUUGAAUAUUAAAAAAGAACUUGAUAAAAUUAUAUUAAUUUUUCACAAUCAAAUUGGUUUACGUUUCCCCCCCACCUCCCUGAUCUUUGUUAUUUUAUAUUCAGACCUGUUAUUAUCCUGGGUUCUUUUGAAACUAGUUUAGCAACUAAAAUAUAUAUAUUUCCAAAAAUAUGUAGCGAUUUUUGGUUUGCGGUCAAUAUUUGUUGCCCAUUAGUUUUAAUGAACUAAAUUGGUUAGGUUAGAAUGAAUAUUUAUGUUAUUUGAGAUUUGUCUGUGCUAGACUGCAUUAUUCGUACAUCAUUAUUUAUUUAUUUAUUUGAACACAUAAAUAUUGGUACAAAGGGGCACCAAAUAUAUAUGCGCCACACAAAACAAUGAAAAUGGG